GCUACUUUUACAAAAAGACGUAUGGUUUAUUUGUGACAGUUCAUGUGUCUUUGUCUUGCAGAUAGAAAAAGAAUGCAAUGGCAGGUGUUUUUAGAAAAUUGACUAUAGAAAAUGUCGGAAAGUGGAAGAGAUUGAGGCCGAUAUUGAUACAUUCAAAUAAGAUGAGUUCCGAAGUGGAUAAAGCGCUAGGGGCGAACGCCGAGUCGCAAAAAGAGACGAUUUUCGAUAAAAUUAUAUCGAAGCAAAUACCGGCCGAUAUAAUUUUCGAAGACGACAAGUGCAUGGCCUUUAACGACGUCAAUCCGCAGGCCCCCGUUCAUUUCCUCGUCAUACCGAAGAAGAGAAUCCCCAAGCUAGACGACAGCACGGAGGACGACUCGAGCUUACUGGGCCAUGUGAUGUUAACGGCCAAGAGCUUGGCGCAGAAACGUUUACCCAACGGGUAUCGACUGGUCAUCAAUAACGGACCGGACGGGUGCCAGUCCGUCUACCAUUUGCACAUCCACAUCUUGGGCGGCAGGCAAAUGAACUGGCCGCCGGGCUAACGAAGUAAAAGGCUUUGUAAUCUUUGUUCUUCAAUAAAAGUUUUGUUAGUGGAAUUUUCCAUCGAAGAUAAUCUUCCUUCUAACGCAACGUUGCCAACUAUAUUUGUAUGUGUAAUCGAUUGUUGUUGUUUCUACCAUAUAAAGAGACUAAAAAUGAAGUUAUAAAAUGGAAUAUGUGAGGUGGAUAUCGC